UUUUACAUUUCGUAAUAAACUACAUUAUCUAUUCAAGACGAUUUCAGACACAAGGCCUAUCCGGUUGUAAAAUUUAGAGUCUUGGAACGAGAAUUAUACGAGACAUCAUAUCUCUCGUGAUACAUAAAAAUAUUUUUAUCUAAAACUAGAUAUAUAUAUUUUGGAAAUUCUAUAUUCAGACAAACAGAAGGCUUUUGAUCCAGAAUUCUCAGUCAGAAAUCGAAUAAACAAAGUAUUUGAUUGAAUAUGCAGCGUGGAGUAGUUUUGCUUCUUGUGGUGCUGUUGAUCAGUUUUGCUUUUGCAAGUGCAUUAUCUGCUUGUGAAGAGGAGAGAAAGAAGGCUGAAGGGAUGAUUGGGUCAUAUAAACCACGAUGUGAAGAAGAUGGAACAUAUAAAAAGAUGCAAUGCUGGAGAUCCAUUGGCAAAUGUUUCUGCGUUCAUCCAGUCACUGGCGAAAGAAUUAGUGAAUACACAAGAGCUACAAAUUUAAAAUGUGACUAAUUUAAAAUCUUGACAUUUAAUAAAUGUUUCAAAAUUCUCAAUAUCGAAGCUAUUUUGUGUGCAAAUAUAAUUAAUCAUUACUAAAGAAAAUGUAUUCCUAUAUAUCUUGUUUUUGAUUUGAACUAAUUUUGAUAGCUAAACUCUAAAAUAUUUCAUUUCAAUAAAUACCUGAUGCUAGUUUUUCUGGUAA